AAGAACGAUGGCAGGAAUCCUGGAUUUUAUAUCAAACAUUUCCUAAAUUGUAAUUAGUGCAGUUCUAAGCUUAUCUACUAAGCAUGGAUUGUUAGUAAAAAACAAAAAAAUAUGUCCUUUUAUCUUUGUAUACAUAGAAAAUAGGAACGCCUGUAUAUAAAAUAAAAGUAGGGACCUAAUUGCUACAUAAAGGCCCUAUCUUAUCUGCCUUAUAAAUUGUUCUGUUCUAAACUCUCUACAUUCUUUCACUCUUCCUUUCUUUUCCAUUUUGCAUCUAAUUAUUUUCCUUCGAUUUUUCUUAUCUGAUAUACCUAAAAUAAAGACAACUCUCUUGUCAAUAAUAAACCUCAAUGGACGCACCUUCAACGCCAACGUCAUCCAUUUCCACAUAUAAUCCAGGCGAUAUUGCUUGGGUUUUGAUUUCUACAGCCCUUGUUUGGCUUAUGAUACCCGGUGUCGGUUACUUUUAUUCAGGCAUGGCACGUCGUAAAAAUGCUUUGUCUCUCAUCAUGUGUUGCGUCCUUUCCCUUGUCAUCGUCAGUGUACAAUGGUUUAUUUGGGGUUAUAGUCUGACAUUCAGUAAAACAGCCACCAGCGGGCUUAUCGGUAAUCUGGAUUAUGCCUUUUUACGUGGUGUUUUAGGUGAUCCUUCUAUCGGCAACACGACCGUGCCCGAUCUCGUCUUUUGUGUCUAUCAAUGUAUGUUUGCAGCAUUAACUCCUGCUUUAGCGAUUGGUUCUGCAGCUGAACGUGGUCGAUUGUUACCUAUGAUUAUCUUCAUCUUUAUUUGGUCUACGCUUGUAUACAACGUCGUUGCGAGCUGGACUUGGAAUUUGAAUGGUUGGAGUGCAAAAUUAGGAGCGAUUGACUAUGCAGGUGGUACUCCUGUUCAUAUCACCAGUGGAUUUGCUAGUCUAGCCUAUGCCAUUAUUUUAGGCCGUCGUGAAGGUCAUGAUAUUGUAUUACUAUCCUCCUCCAGCAGCCAUAAAAGAAAUAGUAACAACAAUGACCCUCAAAUAAAAGCCAUGGAAGAAGAAUUCAAGCCACAUAACAUGUCUAACGUCGUUCUCGGCACUGCACUUUUAUGGUUCGGCUGGUUUGGUUUCAACGGUGGUUCUGGAUUGUCUGGAAACCUACGUGCUGCCAUGGCCUGUGUUGUUACCAAUUUGGCUGCUUCUGUAGGUGCUAUUACUUGGAUGCUGAUUGAUUAUCGUGUUGAACGUAAAUUUUCCGCAUUGGGUUUUUGUUCGGGCGCUGUAGCCGGCCUAGUAGCCAUUACACCUGCUUCAGGUUUUGUGGGACCAGCACCCGCUGUAGCAAUCGGUUUUUUGGGAGCUUGUGCAUGUAAUUUGGCCGUCCAUUUGAAACGUUGGCUUCGUUAUGAUGAUGUAGCAGAUGUUUUUGCUGUGCAUGGAAUAGGUGGUUAUGUUGGAUCAUUAUUGACAGGUUUGUUUGCCGAGUCCUACGUUGCCGCUCUCGAUGGAACUUCCGUCAUCAAGGGAGGCUGGAUGAACCAUCAUUGGGCUCAACUGGGGUAUCAAUUAGCAGAAGCAACGGCAGGCGCUGCUUGGUCUUUUGUCAUCACUUAUUUAAUAUUGUUUAUCAUGAACAAGAUACCUGGUCUUUCCUUGCGUGUGGACCGAGAAUCUGAGUUGCAAGGUUUGGAUGUUGCAGAAAUUGGUGAAAUGGCUUAUUAUCACGUUGACAAAAUUAUUGGCGUGAACCGAAAUACGGGGGAAGAGAAAAUAAUGAAAGAAGAAAUAGAACGCUAUCCUUUCGAAGCUCAAGCUCAAGAUUCCAUGGAUGUGGAAAAACCAGUGGUCCCAGGAAGUCUCAGCAAUGCUUGAAAAAUAUAACACACUCCAGCUCGUAAUUUCAUACUCGAUUCAUUUUCAACAAUCUAUAAUUUAAACAUACAACGACCUUUAUCAAUUCAGGCAUCAUUCCAUUAAGCAUAGUACUAACUAAUUUUUACUAUUUGGGGUUAAUUAUUACUUAUUUAACCCCAGCUUCUCUCAUUGUUCAUUAUGAUCUUAAGCAAAAAA